CUGAGACAAAUAAUGAUUAUGGAGAAGUUUAUGAGCAAAAUGAACAAUUAGCUGUUAGAAUAAAUAACAUCAUUAGGGACUAUUCAGUCGGAUCAAUAUUUACCGAGUUCCUACAGAAUGCUGACGAUGCAGGAGCAAGAAAAAUUUGUUUUGUUAUUGAUGAAAGAGAUCAUAGAAAAUUUAAUAAAUGGUUUAGUUUGCUCAGCAAAAAUGCAGAUAAGCAAAAUUCAUUAUUAUCUGAUGAGAUGAAUCAAUGGCAAGGGCCUGCUCUAUGGAUAUAUAAUGAUGCUGAAUUUACUCAACAUGAUUUUGAAUCCUUAAAAAAACUUGGAAUGGGAGGAAAGAAGAAUGAUAAAACAAAAAUUGGAAGAUUUGGAAUUGGAUUCAAUUGUGCUUAUCAUUUGACUGAUCUACCGAGCUUUGUUAGUGGAGAACAUAUAGUUUUUUUUGAUCCACUAGAGAAAUUCUUGCCAAAAACUGGAAAUCCACCUCGUAGCCCUCGUGGAACGAAAAUUAAUUUCAUUGAAAAAGAUUUCAAGAAAAGAUUUGAAGAUCAAGCAUCAACAUAUGAUAAAAUUCUUGGCUGUGAAUUUAAAAAGAAAUUUAAUGGAACCUUAUUUAGAUUACCUUUACGAACAGCUCCAAGUGAAUUAUCAAUUCAAACAAUAAAAGCAAAGGAUCUUAAAAAUAAAAUUUUCGAUAAUAUACAAGGAAACCGUGAGUUGUUAUUUUUAAGAAAUAUUGAACAAUGUAGUUUAUUUCAAAUGAGUACAACAGGCAAUCUAGAAUUAGUUUGGAAGACAGAGAUUAAGAAUAUAAAUGAUGAUAUUCGUAAACUUCGUAUUUCUCAUUCGUGGGAUGCAAAACUUUAUCAACUCGAAAUGGAAACGUAUUGUAGGCAAAAUCAAUACCAUAAAAAUGGUAAAUGUUCAGAAAUUUGGCUAAUUUGUAAUGGUGGGGAUAAUAUAGUAGACAAAUCCAGAUUCAGAGAGAUUUCUACAGAGGUUAACCUUUUGGCAAGAGGCGGUGUUGCUGUGUUAUUGUCUAUGGGAGAUGGUAAAUCAUUGGAAGAACUUAAAGCUGAUAAGAUUUCCAAUGUUCCACCACUCAAUGGAAAGGUUUAUUCGUAUCUUUCACUUCCGUUGUUUACAUCUCUUGGUGUUCACAUCAAUGGAUCAUUUUGUUUAUCCAGUGAUCGAAAGAAUGUUUUACAAGCUGAUAGUGAUCUCUUAACGGCUGAAACAAAAGAAGGAGAAUGGAAUAGAUAUAUAUUGUUGGAUGUUUUACCUCCACUACAUGCUAAGCUUUUAGAGCACGUAGCUAAUCAAUUGACAUCAUCUUUUAGUGAUCAAAUAUUUUCACGAUUGUGGCCAAUAAAGUCUUCAAUUUCGGAUAUAUACCGAGAAUAUGGGUUAAACGUGCUUAGAGGAUUAUAUCUUAAAAGAUGCAAAGUUUUUUGGACCGAAGCGAAUGGCGGUGCACUUACUACGUUCCAUAAGGCAUAUUUUUCGACUUUAAAUAAUUCGACUAUUACAAAUAUCCUUGUAAAUCACGGAAUAGAAGUAAUCAAAUUACCUGAAGAAAAUAUGAAUCACAUUAAUGAAAUGAUUGGAAAAAUGCCAUACUCAUCUGUUAGGUCUAUCACUCCAAAAUUAGUUUGUUCUUUGCUUCGGUCUAAUCCAAAUAUUUUGGAAAUUGAAAAUGAAAAGUCACAUGAAAUAGCAUUUCAAUUGUUAAAUUUCAUUAUUCAAGGAGAAAUUUCAGAUCGCUUGCAAGUCUAUAAGCAACUUAAUGGUUUACGAUUAUUACCGCUUUGUGAUAAAUCUUUAGGAAUUUUUGGUUCACAAACAUAUUACAUUGCAAAACCAGAAUUACGAAAGUUAUUCCCUAAAGCAUUGUCAAAAUUUGUCGCUGAACCACCUUUUAAUCUUCAAUUGAUUUUUAAGGAUAUAGAUUUUUGUAACGAAGUCAAAAUUCAACCUUUAGAUGCAAACUCUAUUAUUGACUUGUUAGAAUAUGUGCUAGAACGUAAUAAAGAAAUGAAUUGGGUACCUUCUGGAGAUCAGUAUCCAAAUAAAUAUUGGAUUGAUAAAAUAUUGUCAAGGUUCACAGCUCCAGACGCCCAAUAUGAAUUAAGUAGAUUGUCAAAAUAUCCAAUAUUAUCAACAUGUUUACCUCCAAAUAAACUCGUUUUACCUGAUGCGACAAAUCCUUUAUUGAUGUAUGCAUAUCAUCCUAUGGUAUCAAUACUCGCAAAGUUUGGUGUCAGAUUUACAGAUAUAAGAUUGCCUAUUAAUUGUCAUCAAUAUAUUGGAUGUUGUAUCUGGCAACCAACUGCAGUUAAUAUGAUUAGAUCUUUAGAAAAUGCUAUUAAAAAAUCUUCAAAAAAUCUGCAACAAUUAUUUGCAGAAAAACUUGAUCAAGAUGAGGUUACAAAAUUUAGAUCAUUUAUUAAAAAUGAAUUUAUUACUAAUCAAAAUGAGAAAUUAAUCAAAUUUGUAAAAACCCUACCUAUAUGGCCUACUCAAUCACGUAGUACAUGUAUAUCUGCUAAAGAAGGGAUAAUACCCCCACGCGAUAUUCCAUUUUUCUCAAUUCAGGAAGAAACUAAUAUUUUUCUUGUAGAAUCUGAUUUAGAUUACUACACAUUGUUUAAUCUGGGCGCUACAUAUAUAGAACCGGUAGAAUAUGUUAAAGAGCAUCUAGAUCCACGAACCGUGACAUUAGAUCAGCAAUAUAUUGACUUUUUAAAGGCAGUUCUUUCUUUAGAAAAAAGAGAAAUUGAAGAUUAUUUAUCUCCGCUUAGUAUAGUUCCAAAUUAUUAUCUUACAGGACUUGUCAAAGCGAAUGCUUUAUAUGACAUAAAUGAAGCUCUCUUUCGUAGAAUUUUUUGGAAUACUAGCAAACUUUUACAUCCUGUUUUACAAGGAGAUCUUAGAUGUUUAAAUGCUCUAAAAAGGAUAGGGUUAAGAUAUCAAGUCAAUUCCGUGACGUUUCUUGAAUGUGUACGUGAAAUUGAUUCAAGAAUUAGAAGUAAUCAAUUAAAUGAUCAAAUUAAUUUAGUAAAGUCAGAUGCAAGAUUUUUAGUGGAAUAUUUAUAUGAACACUUGACGAAUUUAAAUUUCAGUCUUUUUCAAUGGCAAGAGUUAUUAUCAAUUAAAUUUGUACCAGUAGACACAGAUCUGGAAAGCCCAUUAAAAGAAACUGCAGUUACAACAACAGGAUUUGAAUCGAUAAAAUUGUUGUGUUGCCAAGAAUAUAAACUUCUUUGUUGGACACAAUGUCCAUUAUUUUUAAGAUCGUUAGAUCCACCAAAUACAUUUAAAAGUAGAAUUUCUGGAUCUUGUCGUCCUACAAUAAAUAAGGUUAUUGACAAUUUAUAUUAUGUCGCACUGGAUAUAUCUCAGUCGGAAAACAAUUCAUGGAAAUCUCCAAAAGGGGUUCAAUUAAUUUUGGAUAUUUUAAAGGAAACAUAUAAGCAUUUAGAAACUUUACUAAAAACUGAUAAUAGUCACUAUAACGAAAUAAUAGCACGUUUACGAACAAAUGCAAAAAUAUUUUUGAAUGGUAAUGAUCCUUUUAUCCCUGAAGAUUGGGUAGCAGGAGAAAAUCUUGUAUUCGGUGCACAUGAAGAUGUUAGGGCUGGAUUACAUAAGGUUCAUGAUAAUUUGAAAGAAUUUAAACAACUUUUGAAACUAGCAGGAGCUAGAGAAAUUAAGAAUAUUAAUUUCAAUGUAAAAACUCAAAACUAUUCACAAAAAGAUAAGCUACUUAGUGGGCUUUUAGAUAAUUUUGAAGAACAGAAUGAUACAAUGCAUCAUGAUGUUGUAUUUCAAAUUCAUCAUGAAAAUAGGAUUGAGAAAAUUAAAGCUAAUCGAUAUGUACUUUCAGCAUUAUUUUGUGGAAGAAUGAAGGAAGCUACAGAAUAUCAAAAAGUAAUUGUUGAUAUCGACGAUAUUGAGCCUUUAACAUUUCGUGUCCUAAUUCGUUGGUUACAUGGUCAAGAACUUGAAGAAGCAAUUUCAGCAGUUUUUAGUGAUACUAAAUGUUCCGAUGUAUUCUUAGUAGAAUUACUUAAAGCUUCGGAUAAAUAUCAAGUCGAUCCACUCAAAGAUCAAGUUGAAGUAAUGAUAAUAAAAGGUUCUUACGUUAAUAUUGAUAAUGCAAUUGAGAUCAAUGAAUGGGCGAAAUUACUUCGAGCAACACAACUGAACAAUUAUUGUCAGCAAUAUAUAAAAGAGAAUAAAACACUUGUGAUAGAAAAAAAGAUAGGUGAAAUAGCAAACGCGAAGAACGAGGAAGAUAAAAGAGACGAAGUAGAUAUGUUAAAUACUGUUUUGGAUUCUUAG